GGGAGAUGUGCAUCUACUAAUGCAAAAUACUGUUAUGCAUUAGUUUCCUGACCAUAGAAAAAUAUUCUUGUACAUGAUAUUUUCAUUUAUGACAAUUUUUGUGGUCUGGACAGUUCGUCAACAAUUAUUGGUCCUAAGGGGCUGUUCUGUCAAAAGUGAGAGACAGCGAAGAGCAAAUAAACCUGCGAUGAGCCCCAUAAAUACAACCUCCUUUUUAAAUGCCACUAUUGUGCAUCCUGCAUUCUUUAUCAUAAGUGGAUUUUCUGGUAUCCCCAACACAAAAUACUACUACGUGUUCUUGUGCUUUAUUUACAUUGUGUCUAUACUGGGAAACACUUUUGUCAUGUUUAUGAUUUACACUGACCACUGUCUUCACAGUCCAAAAUACAUUGCAGUGUUUAAUUUGGCUGUGACUGACUUGUGUGUAAGCACAGCCCUCGUUCCUCCAUUGAUUGACACCUUCCUGUUUAAAUCACAGUUAAUCUCCUACGAGGCCUGCUUGACUAAUAUGUUUUUUGUUUUUUUGUUUCUCUUCAUGCAGUCUUUCAGUCUCACAGUUCUGUCCUAUGAUAGAUGUGUUGCUAUAUGCUUUCCACUGAGAUACAAUGAGAUUAUUACAAACAAAUCAGUGCUGGUGAUCACAACCAUAUUUUGGAUUAUUGCAGGACUGGCCGUUCUCAUACCUGUACUUUUUAUUAACAGACUGUCAUUCUGCAAAUCCACUGUGAUUAACAGCUUUUUCUGUGAUCACGGACCCACAUCUCGUUUAGCGUGCAAUGACUACACUCCAAGUUUUGUGAUGGGUGCAACUCAGCCUGCUAUGUUUUUCUGGCUUCCAUUGCUGUUCAUAACAGGAACAUACAUUUGCAUAGCCCGAGCGUUGUUGAAAAUUGCAUCAGCUUCAGAGCGUCUUAAAGCCAUGAAAACCUGCACCUCUCAUUUGAUCUUGGUGGGUGUGUAUUAUUUUCCUAUGUGUAUCAUCUAUGGAGCAAUCGGCUUCAUUGUUCACCAUAACGUCAGGAUUAUCAACGCAUCUCUGGCGAUGGUUUUGCCGCCUAUGCUUAAUCCAAUCAUUUACUCACUGAAGACCGAAGAAUUCACAGAAUCCAUUAAAAAGCAGUACAGAAGAAAGAAGAUACACUUAACUGUAUUUAAUAAAUGA